CAAAUGGAUACGAUCUUGUUGUGGAGUCUCCUAUUGGCUUUUUCUGGAAGUCAAGCCUCAAGAUCCUUGACUCAAAGAAAUACUGAAUUUGCAGUGGAUCUUUAUCAAGCCAUUUGUUUAUCUCACAAGAACAACAUUAUAUUUUCCCCUCUUGGGACAACUUUGGCUCUUGGAAUGGUACAACUGGGAGCAAAAGGAAAAGCACAACAUCAGAUAAGACAAACUUUAAAACUUCAGGAAAACUCAACUGGAGAAGAAUUUUCCAUGUUGAAGUCAUUUUUCUCUGCCAUCUUGGAGAAAAAACAAGAAUUUACAUUUAAUCUUGCCAAUGCCCUCUACCUUCAAGAAGGAUUCACUGUGAAAGAACAGUAUCUCCAUGGCAACAAGGAAUUUUUUCAGAGUGCUAUAAAACUGGUGGAUUUUCAGGACGCAAAGGCUUGUGCAGAGACAAUAAGUACUUGGGUAGAAAGCAAAACAGAUGGAAAAAUUAAAGACAUGUUUUCAGGCGAAGAGUUUGGCCCUCUGACUCGACUUGUCCUGGUGAAUGCUGUUUAUUUCAAGGGAGAUUGGAAACAAAAAUUCAGAAAAGAGGACACACAGCUGAUGAACUUCACUAAGAAAGAUGGUUCUACAGUCAAUAUUCCAAUGAUGAAGGCUCGUCUGAGAACAAAAUAUGGUUAUUUUUCUGAAUCUUCUAUGAACUACCAGGGUUUGGAAUUGCCUUAUAAAGGUAACGAAUUUAGUUUAAUCAUCAUACUUCCUGCAGAAAAUGUGAACAUAGAGGAAGUAGGAAAACAAAUUACUGCUCAUCAAAUCCUGAAAUGGCUCUCUGAAAUACAAGAAGAGGAAGUAGAAAUAAUCCUCCCUAGAUUUAAAAUAGAACAAAAAUUAGACUUCAAGGAAGCUUUGUAUUCUUUGAACAUAACUGAGAUAUUUAGCAGUGGCUGUGACCUUUCUGGAAUAACAGAUUCAUCUGAGGUGCAUGUUUCCCAAGUCAUGCAGAAAGUUUUCUUCGAGAUAAAUGAAGAUGGCAGUGAAGCUGCAACAUCAACUGGCAUACUUGUCCCUGUGAUCAUGAGUCUGGCUCCAAACAAAUUUAUAGCAAAUCGUCCGUUUCUGUUUCUUAUGAAGAAUAACCCAACAGAAUCAAUUUUGUUUAUGGGAAGAGUGACAAAUCCUGACACACAGAAGACGAAAGGAAGAGAUUUAGAUUCUCUCUGAAUGGAAACCACAGCCUCGUAAUAUAAGCUGAUUCCUGGAAAAUAGUGACUAGGCAGAAUAUAUGAAAAUAUUUUCUAUAUCUCUUUUUCUUCCAGUUUUAAACAGUGUCUGUAUUAAUCUGUGUUAAUAUAGACCUGUAUUAAUGAAUAAAUAAAAUUAGACAGUUAUUUGUUUC